AUGGCUCAUCAUUGCAUCGCAAAGGGAAGAAAAAAAAAUAAAAAAUUGAAAGAAAAGAAGGGCCGAGGGGGACCUCUUUGGUGUAGUGCUGCUGAAUUGCUAGUGGGACUACGAUAUAGGAGGGGAAGAGAGGGUACUACUGUACCGAUAGCAUCGCCUUCGCCUGUUAUAGCAGCUACAGUAAAUACCGUACCUGCUCUCGCUUGCUUAUUUCAAAAGCAACAUGCCUCAUCCGUCUUCAUACGUUCCCUUACGUCUUUACAAUUCAUGAUGAGCGACGUGUCCGCUGCAAGCGAUGUUCUUCCGUUCUGCCGGCGCGUAACCAAGGUUUGCGCUCAGCGUUUCAUCCCAAUCAAGGCACUUACGAAGCAGGCGGUUGAAGAAAAGAUGCAGUUCUUGCAGUCUUUGAAUCAUCGAAAUCUUGUUUCAAUAGAAGAGAUAAUUCUUCACGAGGAUUCUGAUAUGAUUGAGCUUAGCCUUGAGUUCAUGCCGCUCUCGGUUGUAGAACUUUGCGUUCGCGUUUUCCCUUACCAUGAUGAAUUUAGCCUCGCUGCGAUUCUAGGCCAGGCCAUCGAAGGGCUCUUAUAUCUCGAGAGUGCUGGGCUUUGUCACACUAGCUUCACCGAGUCGCAAGUCCUGGCUGACUUCGCGGGGAAUGUCAAAAUAAGCGGCCCAGACUGGUGCGAGAAAGGGAAAACGCUACCUCUACAGCUGUUGCCGCUCACACAGCAUCUAAUGUACCCUUGGCUUUACUCGGAACGUGUGCGCAGUGAUGCGACAAAGUGGGCAAGAGGCACUCAUGCUGUUGAGUUCUGGCAGACCGUGUCACGGCCGACUACAAGCUUGAACGCCCUCGAAAAGGUAGCAUUAACCCCACCUUGCGAAGCGCGUUACUUCAACUUCCAUGGAAAAAAUUGUAUGUACCCAUGCCCACUCAGUGUUGCCCAAAUUGUGGGGAGCACCCCCACGUGCCCUACGUGGCAGGGUCUGCCUCAACUACACGCUGGUUGGAACGAGCGAGCGAGCUACUGUCAGGAACGGGGGAGCCUCGGGUCCAUGCGCUCCAUCGAAAUGACUUCGGGACUUUUUUUUGGUUGA